CUGGAGCGUGGACGUAUUGUAUUCAUUUCCCGCGCUUACCACGUGUAUUUACGAAACCGUGCGUUCUUUUUAAAACAAAAGUAAAUGAAUUGUAAUAUUGUCAUAACGCGUGUGGUAUUUUAAACUGACAAAAAAUGUUCACGAAUGAAAUUUGUGUGGUAUUUUAUGUGUGCUUUCUGUGAAUUUUAAGUGCAAUCCUUUUUUUUUUAUAUUUUGUAGUGUUUUUCUAUAGUGAUGUUUGUAAAUAAAUACGGUUUUUGGAUUAUAUUAAUGGUGAUUAUGUCUGCGGAACGCGUUAUAAAUGGAGGUACAGAACAUACGACCCAAAAAGAAACCCGCCCCGAAUACAUACAUCCCGACGGUCUACUGAACUUCGAUCCCUACCUAUCAGACUUCAAACCUGAAGAAGAUGACGUAGAUUAUAUACCCCUUCCUGAAAACGACGAAACAAUUGACGGUCUGCCAAUAUUCCAACUAGAACCAAAGAACUCCUAUGUACUAAGAACAAAACCAGCCAGCCUUCUAUGCAGAGCAGCCAAUGCUUUACAAGUCUACUUUAAAUGUAACGAUGUUAGAACAGAAAAGACUAAACAGUUGGAGCACGUGGACCCUCAGAAUGGAGUGAGGGUUGUCGAAGCUGAACUGAAUGUUAGUAGAAACGAGAUAGACGACUAUUUCGGUGGAAAGUACAGCUGUGAAUGCUACGCUUGGAACAGCAAGGGAAGAAUUAGAAGUCAAGCUGUGUUCAUUGAAUAUGCAUAUAUAAAGAAGCAAUUCAACCAUCAACCCCAAUCGGCGACGGUUGAGGCCGGUCGAGGGGUGAGUUUCCGCUGCGUGCCCCCACCUGCCGCUCCAACGGCCACCAUCAAGUGGACGAGAAACGGUGCCGUGUUGGAAGCCAGCGACGAAACUCUCGUGUUGCCCAAACUUGAUUUGCAGGACAUGGCUAACUAUACUUGUAUUGCGGAGAAUAUAGCCGGCCGCAGGGAGUCGGAUGUCGCUGUUUUAUCUGUAUAUGUGAACGGCGGAUGGUCGGAUUGGUCGCCAUGGUUACCUUGUCGGUGCGGUGAUCAAACAAGCGGGCGGCGACGCACGCGCACGUGUUCAGAGCCCGCCCCGGCAAAUGGAGGGGCGCACUGUAGGGGGGCGUCGUCACAGAGCGACGAUGACUGUCUCCGAUGUCAGACUGGUGGUACCUGGUCAGUAUGGGGCGCAUGGUCCUCAUGCAGUGAAGACUGCGUUAGGGUGAGGAGAAGAAAAUGCUCAGGGUCCUGUACGGAGUCUUCUCUGCAGCACGCAUCAUGUGUGGAUGGACUGUGUUCUACAGGAAUGAGGAUAUACACAAAUAAUACCACCAUGUACGUGGGUAUUGGUAUCACGGUCCUGAUGCUGGUAGCUGGUGCAGCUGUUCUAUACGUCUGGUGCAAGUAUAGGAGCAGCAGACCAGGGUACGCGGCGGGGAGACCAGGGUUACCAAAGUCGUAUUCAAACCGAGACAAGGGUAACACCGCUCCGGAUCUCACGCGAACAUGCAACGAAUACUGGAUGCAGGUCCCUGAUAAUCAUUACGACUUACCACACCUAAGAGACAGUUAUUCAUCACCAUUCGGCAACAGAAGUCGCCAGCAGUCAACCGCAGGUAGUAAUCACUACGAGAUGAAGCCGUACAGUCCAUCAGCUGACUCUGCAUCUAGUUGUUACACGAAUUCUCGAACAAUGACCUCCCGGUCCAGUGAGUGUUCAUCAUCACAAAUGGCGGACCUCGUGACUUCAUCACCUACCUCAAUAUCGAAAGUGGACGUAGCGGUGACCCUACCAACUGGUCCAAUGGAUACAAGUUAUAGAGACAAAAUCUGCUUAACCAUAGUUAAAUAAUAUGUUAUUGUUUAUUUUAUAUCCAAAAACAACGAGUGUACGAUUUUUUUAUGUAUGAUUUAUUAAGCACAAAUUGUAAAUGAUUGGUUGGAUGGUUGAUGAAUCGAUAAAGACUAUGUAGGGUUACCAUUUAAAAAUUAGAAAGAAGUGAAAAUAGUUGCCCUUUUGAAAAGAUUAAUUUGUAAAUAAAUUAAAAGGAAAUUUGAAUAUUUGUAUUUUUUAAAUUAAUUACGAAGUCAAUUUAAAAAUGGAACAACUAUGUAAAUGAUAUCAUCCAUACCUAUAAAAAUUCACUUAAGUGAUCUACGGA